GGGGCCGGGGCCGGGGCCGAGCCGGGCACCCCGCGCACCCCGCGCUCCGGGCGGCGCGAGCCGGUCCUGCCGCGGCCGCCGGUGUCCGAGGCGGCUCUGGGCGCGCGGGGCGAGGCGGUGCGGCUGCAGCUGCAGGACAGUGAGCUGCGGCUGCAGGAGGAGAGCGUGCGGCUGCACCAGAUCAACAUCUACCUCAGCGACCGCAUCUCGCUGCACCGCCGCCUGCCCGAGCGCUGGAACCCGCUGUGCAAAAAGAAGACAUACGAUUAUGAACGUUUGCCCACGACGUCUGUCGUCAUAGCGUUUUAUAAUGAAGCCUGGUCAACCCUCCUUCGGACAGUUUACAGCGUCCUCGAGACGUCCCCAGACAUCCUGCUAGAAGAAGUUAUCCUUGUAGAUGACUACAGCGAUAGAGAGCACCUGAAGGAGCGCCUGGCCAGUGAGCUGUCCCGGCUUCCCAAGGUGCGCCUGAUCCGCGCCAACAAGAGGGAGGGCCUGGUGCGCGCCCGGCUGCUGGGGGCUUCCGCGGCGAAGGGCGACGUGCUGACCUUCCUGGACUGCCACUGCGAGUGCCACGAGGGGUGGCUGGAGCCGCUGCUGCAGAGGAUUCACGAGGAGGAGUCAGCGGUGGUGUGCCCUGUCAUCGAUGUCAUCGACUGGAACACCUUCGAGUACCUGGGGAACUCUGGGGAGCCCCAGAUCGGGGGUUUCGACUGGAGGCUGGUGUUCACGUGGCACGUGGUUCCUGAGAGGGAGAGGCUGCGGAUGCGGUCCCCCACCGACGUUAUCAGGUCCCCAACCAUGGCUGGUGGGCUGUUUGCCGUGAGUAAGAAAUAUUUUGAAUAUCUGGGGUCCUAUGACACAGGAAUGGAAGUUUGGGGCGGAGAAAACCUCGAAUUCUCCUUUAGGAUUUGGCAAUGUGGUGGCACCCUGGAGACGCACCCGUGCUCCCACGUUGGCCACGUCUUCCCCAAGCAAGCUCCCUACUCCCGCAGCAAGGCUCUGGCCAACAGUGUGCGCGCAGCUGAAGUGUGGAUGGAUGGAUAUAAAGAGCUCUACUACCAUCGCAACCCCCACGCCCGCUUGGAGCCCUUUGGGGAUGUGACGGAGAGGAAGCAGCUCCGUGAGAAGCUCCGGUGUAAGGACUUCCGGUGGUUCCUGGAGAACGUGUAUCCGGAGCUGCACGUGCCUGAGGACAGGCCUGGCUGCUUCGGGAUGCUCCAGAACAAAGGACUAAAAGAUUACUGCUUUGACUAUAACCCUCCCAACGAAAACCAGAUCACGGGACACCAGGUCACUCUGUACCUCUGCCACGGGAUGGGGCAGAACCAGUUUUUCGAGUACACGUCCCGGAAUGAAAUCCGCUAUAACACCCGCCAGCCGGAGGGGUGCGUGGCUGUGGACGCGGGAACGGAUAUCCUCACCAUGCAUCUCUGCAAGGAAGUGGCCCCGGAGAAUCAGAAGUUCAUCCUGCAGGACGAUGGUUCUUUAUUUCACGUACAGUCCAAGAAGUGUGUGCAGGCCGAAAGGAAGGCCUCGGGCGACAGUUUUGUCCCCCUCUUGAGAGACUGCACUGACUCGGACCAUCAGAGGUGGUUCUUCAAGGAACGCAUGUCGUGAAGUGUCGCCGCCCCAAGGAAGCCAUGAGGGAGAUUGGGGCCUGGGGACCCAGCCGAGUACGGUGACAGUGCCUCCAGAACCUGGCUGCUCUUCUUUGAUAAGGAAAUUGUUCUGCAGUUUGUGAAAGUGAUGUUGGAUUUAAUGAGACUGUGAAUAAGCUUUGUACUGAUUUUGAAACUUUAAAAUUGUUCCCAAACACCCUGUUUUCAAAGGGCAAUCAUAAAAUGUUAACUCUUGGUUUUCAAAGACUUAAAAACCUUUAAAUAUUUUUCUAUCAA